UCUCCGGGCCGAAGCUUCCUGCGGGGCUCUGCAACUUCAUUCCGUUCUUGCCGCGGGAACGAGCUCGCGCAUCAGGUCCUCCCGGCCCGGCCCGACCAUGCUGGACGGCCUGAAGAUGGAGGAGAACUUCCAAAGCGCCAUCGAGACCUCGGCUUCCUUCUCCUCGCUGCUAGGCAGAGCGGUGAGCCCCAAGUCUGUCUGCGAGGGCUGUCAGCGGGUCAUCUCGGACAGGUUUCUACUGCGGCUCAACGACAGCUUCUGGCAUGAGCAGUGCGUGCAGUGCGCCUCCUGCAAAGAGCCCCUGGAGACCACCUGCUUCUACCGGGACAAGAAGCUCUACUGCAAGUAUGACUAUGAGAAGCUGUUUGCUGUCAAAUGUGGGGGCUGCUUUGAGGCCAUCGCACCCAAUGAGUUUGUUAUGCGGGCGCAGAAGAGCGUGUACCACCUGAGCUGCUUCUGCUGCUGCGUCUGCGAGCGGCAGCUCCAGAAGGGUGAUGAGUUUGUCUUGAAGGAGGGACAGCUGCUCUGCAAAGGGGACUAUGAGAAGGAGCGGGAGUUGCUCAGCCUGGUGAGCCCGGUGGCUUCAGACUCGGGCAAAAGCGAUGAUGAAGAAAGUCUUUGCAAGUCAGCCCAUGGGGCAGGAAAAGGAGCUGCCGAGGAUGGUAAGGACCAUAAGCGUCCCAAGCGCCCCAGAACCAUCUUGACAACCCAGCAGAGGAGAGCAUUCAAGGCUUCGUUUGAAGUCUCUUCCAAGCCGUGCCGGAAGGUGAGAGAGACCCUGGCUGCAGAGACGGGGCUGAGCGUCCGUGUGGUUCAGGUGUGGUUCCAGAAUCAGAGAGCUAAGAUGAAGAAGUUGGCCCGGCGGCAGCAGCAGCAGCAGCAGGAUCAGCAGAACACCCAGAGGCUGAGUUCUGCACAGACAAACGGUGGCGGGAGUGCUGGGAUGGAAGGGAUCAUGAACCCCUACACUGCUCUGCCCACCCCACAGCAGCUCCUGGCCAUCGAGCAGACUGUCUACAGCUCAGACCCCUUCCGACAGGGCCUCACCCCACCUCAGAUGCCUGGAGACCACAUGCACCCCUAUGGUGCUGAGCCCCUUUUCCAUGACCUGGAUAGUGACGACACUUCCCUCAGUAACCUGGGUGACUGUUUCCUAGCAACCUCAGAAGCCGGGUCCCUGCAGUCCCGAGUGGGAAACCCCAUUGACCACCUGUACUCCAUGCAGAAUUCUUACUUCACCUCUUGAGUCCUCCCUUAGAGCUCUGUGGCUCGGCUCCCAAAUGGAACAACCACAUGUGAGGGGUUGGCUGGUUUUAGGAUGGGGAGGCCAGGGAUGAGGUGGGCUGGGGAGGGAGUUUUGUUGGGGAUGCUGUUGUAUAAUGAUAUGAUGUAGCUUGGCAUUUCCAAAGACUGAAUACACAAUGGAUUGCAUAGUUUAAUGUUUCUAAUAAGAGUCUUAGUGCUAGAUAUGAAGAUGUGUUUAUCAUUAAGGACAGGGAUUUUUAAUAUAGACAUUCUCAUGCAAACUAGAUACUUAGGGACUCCUAACAACUUCCCACCAUUUUGGGGAAGCUCUUUUCAAGAGGUGCAUACGUCCAUCCAUCUAUAUGCCCAUAGACAGACAGACAGGUAGAUAGAUGUGUGUAUGUGUGUGUAACCUUUCAUCCUUUAUCAUCAAAGUUUAUUCCUAAUUAUAACAGACACCAACUGUACAGCAAAAGUAACUUUAUUUUCAGUGUGAACUAUAUUUAAGGAAAUGCUUGAUGCACUUAAGUUAUAAAAUGAGAUAAUUUACUUUUAUAAACUUUAUUUUUAGUUUGAAGAGACUCGUCGGCAGGGCAGAGAGGGCUGCUCCAUCUAGCCCCAUAGCUUUGAGUGCUUGAGUUAAUUUUAUUUUCAGAUAGUGUUGUUGAGGUGUGGAAAGCAACUCUUUGUGGCUGACAGUGUUCUCUCAUGGGCUCUUGCUCUCUGUGGGGCUUGAAUCACUGGGCUUGGAUGGAAACGAAUAACUUCUGAUCCUGUUCUUAGAACAUCUAAAGCCCAGGUUCACGGGCUUUCUUUUAAAUCAUGAUGCACGGCUGUUGGGCAGUGCUAAGAAAGUCGGUUAUGCUCUUGAGCUUCAGCAUCUGCUGAUGCAGGAAGAGGCUGAUGGCCUGUACCUACCUCACUGGGAAGCACCAAGGCUUAAUUCACCUCCAGGGUACCUGAGCAGGAGUGAGACUAAUAUCUGCUAUUUGUUCAGAAUCCAGCCAGACCAAUCAGUUGGCAAAGGGGAGGAUAUCUGGGGCCGCAGUGCAGGAGAGCUGCUCCACCUGCUACGGUCCCUUCUGCAAAGCCUGGGCCGGCAGAGAGAGCAGCUCAGGGCAGCUCAGAGCCAUGUCAGAGUCCUUAAGUGGGGAAGGGAGGAAGGCUGAGGGGCUGCGGGAGGGCACUGUGCAGUGCGAGAGCAGAGGUCGGGAAGCUGCGGCCUGCAGGCCAGAUGUAGUCUUUGGCUUGUUUUUUUAUGGCCUGCAAGCUAAGAAUAGUUUGUACAUUCAUAAAAGAUUUUAAAAAGAAUAUGCAAUAGAGACUGUAUGUGGCUCACAAAACUUAAAAUAUUUGCUAUCUGUACUGCCUGGCUCUUUGCAAAGAAGGCUUGCUGAGCCCUACUCUAGAGGAUCUGUGUCUAAACAGCCUUGUGGAGCUCAUGGAGGGAGAGACAGAAACCCAGGGCUCUCCCUUCUGGGUCACCUUCCUGACCCUGAGCACAGAAGACCCAGCAGCCAUUGUACACAGGGGCAGUUCUGCAUCCUGUUCUCCAAACAUGGUGCUAGAAUGGGAUACUUCUGUGCUAGGAAGUCUCCUGGGAAACAGCAGGGAGGAGACGGGGAAGACAGAGGGUCAGCUGGGGACUCGUCCUCUGAGAGGGGCCAUGACAGCCUCAGCCUCUCUCCUGGGGAUGCCACUGGAGCUCAGGACACAGCGAGGUGUCCCCCUCAUGAUCUGCAAGGCCUGAGGGAACAUGUCCCCUUCUGGUAGAGUCUAUGUUGUGUGAUUUUUGUGCUCUUGUUUAUAAUUUAUGCAAACCACCAAGGAACCCAAACAGUCUGCUGAAUGAGAAUCAUACAGAUGCUGUAUCGCACCACAGGUUUCUUGUGGUAGAGAUCAGUUGGAGAAUGUAGCAGAUAUUGUGUGAGUGAAAGUGAAUAGAGAUCCUGAUUCCACUGCUUAGUGGCAUACCAAGAUGAAAUUAAAA